AGCAUGCUAUAUUGGGCCCCAACUUUAGUUUCACAUAAUCUGAUAAACUACCAAUUUCAAUUAGAAUUAGGAAAAUUAAACUUAAAUAUGAAGUAUUUUUGCCUCAAUGUCUUGUGGCCCUGUGUUUUGGAGGGAUCCUGUGUCAAAGUGGUAGUAGUAAGGCUGACAUUUUCCAGAAUAAAAUUAAUGUUACUGUCUGUAAUUGGGUGAAUUAUACCCCUAUGAAAUCCAAAAUUAGAUUAAUCCUGAUCAUUGGUCAUCACAAAACAAAUGAAAGGAAUUAAAUCAAAUAAAAUGUAUUUGUAUAGCCGUUUUAAUAGCUUAAGCUUACAGGCAACUGAGACGCUGAAAAUAAUAACUAUAGGCUACUUCUGUUUUACAACAUCCUACGAAAAGACACCAAAUUAGAAUUUUAUGAUGCUUUUUCUUACAUGAACACAUUCAAAUGUUGUCCGUUUCUCAGAUUGAACAACGUGUGCAGCGGAUCCUUGUUCGUGAUUGGCUGAGCCGUUUUUGCAAGUCACGCGAGAGUUUACCGGGAAUCUGUUACCCUGGAAACCAAGCGUAACAACCGCUGCACUGAGUAUUUAUUAUAUCAAACCUUUGUUUUUUAACACCAACGCUGCAUAUUGAGCUGUCCUUUGAUUAUUUUAGACUUAAUUUAAAGUAUUGAAUUCCAUAAUGGGUAGCGAAUACUACGAGACUCUGGAAAUAAACAGAAAUGCAACAGAUGCAGAUAUAAAGAAGGCAUUUCGAGGACUGGCAUUGAAGUUUCAUCCGAGCAGAAACAGAGAAAAAGGAAGCAGUGAGACGUUCCUUCAGCUGGGUGAAGCCUACGAUGUGCUGAGCGACCCUCGGAAAAAGGCAACCUAUGACAAGUUUGGUGAGGAGGGUCUCAAAGGGGGCAUCCCACCUGAGUUUGGCUGCAGCGGGGCUUGGUCAUCUAAAUAUGCCUACCAUGGGAACCCAGGCAAAACCUUCAAGGAGUUUUUUGGAGGCGACAACCCAUUUGCAGACUUCUUUACAAACGAUGAACCACUUCAGUUUGGCGGCCUGCGAUCAGUAGCGUUGAAGACACAAGACUCUCACAUCGAGAGAGACAUGCAUCUGUCCCUGGAUGACCUCUACCACGGCUGCACAAAAAAGAUAAAGAUAUCUCGCAGGGUUAUGAAUGAAGAUGGAUGCACUUCCAGUAUCAAAGACAAGAUCCUGACUAUUGAUGUGAGGCCUGGAUGGAAAGAAGGCAUGAGGAUCAUUUUUGCUAAAGAAGGAGAUCAGGGACCAAACAGCAUCCCUGCUGAUAUCGUGUUCAUAGUGCGACAGAAGAGCCAUCUUCUGUUUGUGAGACAACACAAUGACCUCAUCUACAAGGCCCAGAUCACCCUGGAGAUGGCCUUAACUGGGUUCUCUGUGGAUGUGGAGACUCUAGACAGCAGGCUAAUUACUAUUCCCAUCAAUGACAUUGUACACCCUUCGUACAACAAAGUGGUGAGUGGAGAGGGAAUGCCUCGGUCCCAGGAUCCUUCUCAGAGAGGGAACCUCAUCAUUACUUUUGAAAUCCAGUUUCCUGAGAAGCUCUCCGCCGAGAGGAAGCACCUGAUCAGACGAGCUCUAACUUUGAAAGACUGAUCCUAUUCUAGUACAUGUGUUGCUAUGCUGUGUCUGAUAAAAGUGGUCAUAAGAGAGAGAAGUAUCAAGUAUAAGUAUCAUCAUUUGUACAACACUUCAGGUUGAAAUAUGCACUUGGAGGCAACAAAAAGUAAAAAACCGUGUAGACAACACAGCUGUGCAAUAACAUCUGACAGACAAUAACGGUUACACUCGAGUGGUGUAGUUGUGAUUCGCUGCCAUCAUGGCUCGCUUCAGCUGCUCGUACGUCACAAACAUCACCACGUUCCAGGAGCCAAGGCGUAAGAAAGAUGGCAUGAACCUCAAGAGAAAAAAUAAAAACAACAUUAUUGAUUGCAAUAAGAAUAGCUGUUCAGUUAACAACCACUUUUCUUUCCUCCUUCCUUCAUAAACGCUUGAUUUAGAUCCUCAUUAAUCCUCUCAAUAUUGACCUCGCAGUCAGAGCAUACCCCUUGUAAAAAGCACGUGGUCCCUCUUUGCUCAUCAUGGCAGCAGCACACUUGAGGACGCUGUGGUAGUGGCCGGGUGGAGAGUUCAUAUAUCUUGUUUUGACCACAUCAACUGGAGAGGCAAUCACUGUUGUGCACAGUCCUGCUCCGAAGGCCGAUACAAAGUGGCAGGGCAGAUUAUCUGAGGAGAAGAGAAGACUGAACGUUACCUCUCCAUACAGAAGAACAAUGGAGCAUUAUGUUGUACGUCAGGAUGUACUGCAGUCUUUGUUUAACCUGUGAGCGGAGUGGACUUAAGGAGUGUGUCCUUGAUGUAAUCGUACGUCACCAGUUCAGUGCAGUUCACAAUUGCAUUUCGAGCAAUGUUUGGAGCUGUACCUGUGUGAGAGAAUAGAAAAGAUUUAUCGUCAGAGACAAAAGGUCAUGGUUUAAAAUGAUCUUUUUAAAAAAGGCACAAUGCUAAUAGGGGUCUCAUGAUUUAAAAAAAAAAGGUGUCAAUGACGUUGUGAAGUAGUGUGGGAUCAUUGAUAGUCGUUUUACAAAUUGACUUCAUUGCAAUCAGUUAGAAUUCUUUCAUUGUUCAUUGUCAAGGAGUUUUUUUUAAAUCAGGAGACACAUUUACCUUAGAGGUUUCCUUAGCUCCAAAACAAAAGGACCCGAUGAUUGAAUCAGUAAUAUACACUGAAUACAAGUCUCACCUUAAAAAUCACUGUUUCCUCCACUAAGCUCAUCAGAUUUAGGAGGUUCUGCGACCCAACCGUUAACCUUUGCUCAGGUUGUUUUUCUGAUAACUAACUCAAAUCCUUCAAAAUAGUAGGAAUGAUCAGGAUUUUUUUUUAAAAGCACCUUAAAUUUCAGGCUUUAAACCGAAAAAAAGUCAAAAUAUAAACAGAUGCUGGCAGAGAUGGAGUAGUAGCCAAUGCAGAGAAUGAGAAUAAAGUGUGCUGUUACUUUAAAUAUUUAAAAAUAAUAAUUCAAGGUCAUAAAAGAACACAUCUAAAAAAAAAAAAAAUAGGUAACACAAGUCUAGUCCUUUUUGUACAAUUCGAUGCAGAUUUCUUACAUCUUUUAUCUGUAAAUUCAAGCUACUGUACCUUUCCACAGACCACGAAUACCUUCUUCCUUAGCAAUGGUCUUGUAAGCAUCAAUGGUGCCACAGUAGCGCCUGGCCUGCCCAGCAGACCUGGCCUGAGCCUGGAAGCGAACCUUCACCACAUCUGUAGGCUGAGCUAAAGCAACUGCCAUGGCACCAGUGGUACAUCCUGCCAGCAGCCGACUGCCGAUACCCACAUCUGGAGCAGAGGGGAGAUAGGGGUCAGGCCUGAUUGUUGCAGGAAUUUAUUAACUAGAUAAAUAUGUUCAUAGAUACUCACGAUCAGAGCCUUUAGUGUAGAACUGUUUAACAGAGUCGUAGAGACCAAUGCGGACAGAGGCAAAGCUCAUCUGCCUCUGGAGUCCUGCCACCAGUCCACUGUAAAGGCUCCGGGGCCCCUCUGUACGCACCAUGGUGGUGAUGGUGCCAAACACCCCCCGAUACCUCACUGCAGACUCCUUCCCUGCUGAGGCCUCCCCUUGUAUCUGUGAGGGAUAAACAGUACCGAGAGGUGAGAUUAAGAAGAAACAAUAAGGGACUUUUACACAAUAUUUGCAAACUCACACGCAUUAUGAGAAUUUCACGUGUUGAUGGGAAGAAAAGAAGCUUACCUGCAGCCGCACUUUGGCUGUGUCCAGAGGGAAGGUGAGCAGGUCAGCGAAGCAUCCUGCAGUUCCUGCUCCCACAAACUUCACAGCUGCCGAUGGAGGCACAUCUGCAGGUCCAAAUCCAACCAUUUUCCAGAAUGAUUGCAAUCAAUAUGAAGAGGGACCUACUGUAUUAAUGCUGAUAGGACAAGGAUAAGAGAAACACAUUCCAUUUAAAUGAUUAUUUAGUGAAGGAAUGCCCACAGCUGGCUUGUUACAGCUCCAUUAAGCAAAACAAUAGCUAAAGUUGAGCAGUUGUUGAUGUUAAAAGGAAAGAAAGCUGUUCAGUACAUUAUGUGCAGACAACAUGCUGACCUCACAUGAGCUAAAAAUAUAGUACACCUAAUUUUCCACUCUCAAUUUGGAUGUGUCUUACCUUUAAUGGAGCUGUCUGGACAUUAGAGAUCAGGAUUCUCUAAAGGUGUCCCUCUGGCUGAACGUUGUCCCAGCUUUAAAUAGGUUUCCUUGUUUUUCCAUAGAAGGUUUUUCAGAAGUGUUGAGCCUUAAAAUCAUACUCCAAAUCCUGGAUUGAACACAAAUGAGGUAAAAUAGAAAACAAAAGCAGGGGGAACAGUAUUAAGAACAACAUAUUUGGUCAGGAAAUAUAUUUUACCUUGAUUUGAAUUGAGAAAGUUGGAAUCCCUGGUGAAAUCCCUGGUAAAAUGCCUCUCCAAGUGACAAUAGCAAAAUGAAACCGUGAAACAAGCAGUAGUGUGCACACAAGAGCCGCCCCCUUAAAUACUGCCUUGUUCCUGUUACAUCAUGACAUGUGUUUUUCCCAAGGCCCCACCCCCAGCACAUCUACUUUAUAGGAGCUGCCUGCUGGUCAAAUGGAUGGAGGACUAUAAACCUGCCUGAGUGACAAACAGCCUGAGGGUGUUUUUGUCUUAAAGUGUAUAUGUUAAUACCUAUUUUUAUUUAUUCCUCCCAUUUUGUGUCCACAUACUAGCAACAACACAACAAUAAUAAAAAAAGCAAAGUUGGAAUUGAUUGGACGACCUCAAUAUGUUGAGAAUAUUUUUGCCAAAAUAAAAUGUUGCUGUCA